GAUUUAGCAGACUCUUGUUGUUGGAGAUGGAAGCGUCUCUGACUCAUGUGAUGCUCGUAUCAUUCCCAGGACAAGGUCACAUAAACCCUCUUCUUCGUCUCGGAAAGCUCAUAGCCUCCAAAGGCUUAAUCGUCACAUUUGUUACCACAGAGGAACCAUUUGGCAAGAAGAUGCGUCAAGCCAACGAGAUUCAAGACGGCAUGCUCAAACCCAUCGCUUCGGGUUUCCUAAGGCUCGAGUUCUUCGACAAUGGAUACGACUACGAGGACAUCAAGAAAAAAGCCGAGUCUGGUUUGUUAAAAACACAACUCGAAGUUGCUGGAAAACGAGAGAUCAAGAAACUCAUCAAGAAAUACGAGGAGGAGAAACAACCAGUGAGGUGUAUUAUAAACAACGCUUUUGUGCCUUGGGUAUGUGACGUGGCCGAAGAGACUCAAAUCCCUUCGGCUAUUCUUUGGGUCCAGUCUUGCGCUUGCUUCGCCGCCUAUUACUAUUACCACCACCGGCUAGUUGAGUUUCCGACCAAAACAGAACCGGAGAUUAACGUUGAAGUACCCUUCAGGCCAUCAAAGUUGAGGCACGACGAGAUCCCGAGCUUUCUCCACCCUUCCUCUCACUGUCCUAUAGUGGGUGAAAUCAUUUUAGAACAGAUCAAGCGACUUCACAAGCCUUUCUCUGUUCUCAUCAUCGACACGUUUCAAGAACUGGAAAGAGACAUCAUCGACUACAUGUCACGUCUCUGCCCUCAACUCAUCAUCAACCCCAUCGGUCCACUCUUCAAGAUGGCUCAUGCCAUAAGCUCUGACAUUAAGGGAAACACCUCCGAGCACGUGGAUGAAUCCAUUGAGUGGCUUGACUCUAGAAAGCCAUCCUCUGACGUUGUUUACAUCUCCUUUGGUACUGUGGUUCGCUUGAAGCAAGAGCAGAUUGACGAGAUCGCUCACGGUCUUCUCAACUCCGGAUUGUCAUUUUUAUGGGCUCUGCGGCCUCCCAUGGAAGGUUAUAACGAAGAACCAUAUGUUUUGCCUCGAGAGCUUGGUGAGAAAGGGAAGAUCGUUGAAUGGUGUCCACAAGAGAGAGUGUUGGCUCAUCCUGCGGUUGCUUGCUUCUUAAGUCACUGCGGAUGGAACUCGACAAUGGAGGCUUUGUCUUCUGGAGUUCCCGUGGUUUGUUUCCCGCAGUGGGGGGAUCAGGUGACAAAUGCUGUUUACAUGAUUGAUGUUUUCAAGACAGGAGUGAGACUUAGCCGUGGAGAGGCGGCUGAGGAGAGGAUUGUUCCGAGGCAGAGGCAGGAGAUCACUGAGCGACUUCUUGAGGCCACCGUUGGGGAGAAGGCAGUGGAGCUGAGAGAGAACGCUUGGAUGUGGAAGAAGGAGGCAGAGGCUUCCGUGGCGUACGGUGGAUCAUCUGAUAGGAACUUUCAAGAGUUUGUGGAUAAAUUGACUGCUGUAAAGUCUGAAGACAACAUCAAACAGAAGUAAGGUCUCGUAAAUAUCAUAUUGAUACCGGUUAAUUACACGAUUACAAUUUAAAGUUGUUUGUACGAUGUUGUUCAUUACAUUGUAUAUAUGGAUCGUAUAAAACGUUUUCAAACUAUGGUGAUA